AUCAUAAAACCAUAACUACUUUAUGGGAAAAUGGCAUUCAUGAUGCCUGUACUUUGCAUGAAUUAACUUCUAUUCCACUUUCUACAAUAUAUUAUUAUACUAAAAAACUUAGUAAUGGGAUUUCUUUAGAUCCUGGACAAUGUUCUGAGAGACCCAGAAAAAUUUCACCUAAACAAUGUUGUCACUUCAGACAACUUGUUUUGAAGAAUAAGUUUUCUGCAUCCACUGAACUUGCAAAUAUUUUAAAUAAAUAUCAUUCUAAUCUCAAUAUUAGUAGUUAG